UUGCAUCCGACCAAUUGUGAAUGUGAAUGUGAAGAAGAACAUUGUUUUUCAACUGUAUAGUUUGUUUUUAAUACUUAAAUUUAUUAAGCAUUUAAUUAAAUAGUGUUUAUAAUACUUGAAAAUACAGCAGUUUCGAGAAAUUUCCAAAAGAUCGAUCUCUCACAAUGACCCGUCAUUGGAUGACGAGCUUAUUAAUCAUCGCACAAAUAUACAAUGCAGUAUUGGGUGUGGAUUUGUACGAUCGAGCGCUAUUCGUCAAAUCCGAUGACAUACGAAAAGCAAGAGAGAUACACACGAAAGUAUCACAAAUAGCUCCCAAUUCCAUGGACCAGACAGUCGACCACAUACUCACGUGGUUACAAUCGAGAUACCAGAACACACAAAAUCAACGUUUAGCUCGCCAAGACAACGCACAGCAGCGUCCCCGUCCUUUUGAGGCCACACAACCUCAAGAAUUCCGGGGCUAUCUUCCUCCUCAACCACCUCCACAGCCGGAGUUCUCUGUACCGACCAGUUCUCAGUUCCCUCAGGCCCCCGAAGCAGCUCCUCCAGCAGUCGACAAUAUCUUUCAGACCACCACGUCGGACCAAACUCCGCAGUCGCAACAGCCUCCGCAACAGUCGCAACAACCCUUGCAACAGUCACAACAGCUCUCUCAACAACCGCAACAGCCCUUGCAACAGUCUCAACUACCCUCGCAACAACCGCAACAGCCACAACAACCGUCGUUAUCACCCACAAUAGCUCCGGAAAACUUUCAGGCUUCAGUAACGGGUUCGGAAAACCAACCGACCGAUUUCUCGUCCCAGAUGCUGCAGACAACAGUUGGCUUCACGGACGAGUCGACUGGUUUCUUGGUUACGAACCCGCCGUUCGAACCCAACUCAGAAAACUUGCAAUCCAACCUGGACACCGUUUCCCAUCCACCACACAUACAUAACAUCAAUGUGCAGUGCUCGAAGGAAAUGAUGACCAUAAACGUAGAGUUCAACAAACCGUAUGAUGGCGUGAUAUACUCAAAGGGAUUCUACAACAGCCAGGAGUGCAGAUACGUGAACCCGAAUUCCGGCCAGACCAAGUAUUCGUUCAAAGUGAUGUUGAACUCUUGCGGGACACAUUUUGUCGAUGAGUUUUCCACAGGCAAACAGGCUUACUUGGAGAACGUGUUGGUUGUGCAAAAUGAACCAGGAAUACAAGAGGCUUGGGAUGUUAUUCGUACCGUCAGAUGUCUGUGGGAAGGAAAUUUGAACAAAGCUCUGUCCAUUGCGCUGAACAUCGGCAUGUUGAAUCAGGAAGUGGUGACGUUCAGUGGCGAUACGGCAACUGCCAGACUCGAUAUUCAAAGCGGCAAAGGACCGUUUGCUCCGCCCGCCAACGGUCUGGUGAAGAUCGGAGAGACCAUGACCCUGGUGGUGACGGUGGACGGCGACCCGGGUUUCAACGUGCUGGUCAGGGAGUGUGUGGCCCGCGACAGCAACCCCGAGUCGGGCAACCAGCUGCAACUGACCGACAGCCAGGGCUGCGUGGCGAAACCGAAGCUGUUCGGUAGUUUCCAGACCACGACGAACCCGGCAACCGGAUCACUGAUAGCCUACGCGUACUUCCAGGCUUUCAAGUUCCCGGACGUCAUGGACCUGUUGAUCGAGUGCAACGUCGAACUGUGCAAAGCCAACUGUCAGCCGUGCGCGGAACCGAAUCAGAAAAUCGAUCCUGGCCGUAGAAGGCGAGACGUGCCACCGACCACCGGCAACAAUACGAUUAAUGCGUUCGACGACAGUGCGGAUUCCAUGAUGUUAGUCGGUCGCGUUCACGUUUAUUCGCCCGACGACUUGAUGGCCGACAAUUUCAAUCGGACCCUAUCCUACGGCGCCACCAACGACGUAUUGGAUCCGCUGCAAGCGUUCGCCGCAGGCGAUAGAAUGUUGUGCAUCUCAUCUAAAAAGUUUUACAUGACGUACUCAUUCAUGGUCGCGGUGACUCUAAUAUCGAGUGCAAUGAGUAUGAUCUUGUGGAUCAGACUGCAACGAAAGAGCUACAAAGUAUAAAUGGUACAAGAACGAGAUCGUCAAUAAACAGUGGCACGGUCUGACAUCUGAAACUUAUUCGUAACCAUCAUGAUUUUUAUACACCACGUCCAGAGGUUUUUUUUUUUAAAAAAAAUAUUGUACAUAUACAAAACGAAUAUCUGCUAUUAUUUUUUUACCAUUUUUAC